GAUACAAGGACAAAGCAGCGGGGGAGGAACAGCGGCAAGGGGUGCAAUCCCUGCGCCCGAGGGCGGGAAUAGUGCCGGCGCCGAUUUGAAAGAGUUUAGGAAAACGGGAGUGAUCCUCGGAAACGAAGUGGAGUAGAGCUGCGGAGUGUCGCCAAGGACGCUACUUUCCUCUCCCAAUCGCAUGCGCUGCCUCGGAGAGGUGAGUUUAGCCUCUGCAUGCAGGAAAGAUCUCGAAUCUGGGGAAGAAAACGACGCGAUCGAGAACACUUCAGGAAAACAGAGAGAGUCAUGUGUUUAAAUUUCUAGGGAUUUGGAGCUACUACAGAAUUGGGAAGGUGGCAUUCAGACAUGGUUGAUUAGACGGUUGACAUCGUAGAAUGGAUCGCCGGAGUUGGCUCUGGAGGCGGAAGUCAUCGGAGAAGAGCCCCGGAGAGACCGAGAGUUCGACAUCUGUAUCCUCUCAUUCUGAGAGGUACUCGGACGACCAGGAGCUAUCGAGGGCUUCUCCGAAUGAUGCUUCAGUCAGCCAAGCGCAGUCGCGAGAGGUUUUAUGCAAUGCCUCUGAUGGUGAAGUUCAUGAAACUGUGAAGAGAUUGACAGAGAAACUAUCAGUUGCUCUUCUGAAGAUAAGUGCCAAAGAGGAUCUUGUCAAGCAGCAUGCUAAAGUUGCAGAAGAAGCUGUUUCAGGUUGGGAACAGGCGGAAGCCGAAGUUGUAGCCCUGAAGCAGCAGCUUCAGACCACACUCCAGAAGAACUCUGCCCUUGAAGAUAAAAUUAGCCAACUGGAUGGAGCACUCAAGGAGUGUGUCAGGCAGCUCCAUCAAUCGAGAGAAGAGGAGGAGGAGAAAGUUCGUUAUUCCAUAUCCGAGAAGACACAAAUGUGGGGAUCUGAGAAGCAUGUGCUUGAGAAACAACUUGUGGAACUCACAGCACAGCUUGAAGCUGCAAAGACCAAAGCUGGAACAUUUGAUCAUGGAUUGAAAGCAAGACUUGAAGCUGUUGAGAAAGAAAACAUGGCUCUGAAGACUGAGCUCCGCUCUCAAUCUGAAGAUAUCCAGGUUUUAUUGUUGGAGAGGGAGCUAAGCAAUAAAGCAGCAGAAACAGCUAGCAAGCAGCACUUAGAGAGCAUAAAAAAGGUCACUAAGCUUGAAGCUGAAUGUAGUAGGUUGCAGAUUGCAAACCGUAGAUCAUCUUCUGCAAGUGUUCACAAGCCCAUUUCAAGCUUAGCUUGCGUGGAAUCUCUCACUGACAGUCAAUCAGAUAGCGGGGAGCGGUCCCUCGGUGGUAUAGAUAACGGACCUGGAUGCUCAGAUUCAUGGGCAUCUGCAUUAAUUGCUGAGCUUGAUCAGUUCAAGAGUGAGAAGGCAGAUUCAAGGAUCCUCACCAGAUGUCCUGUAGAGAUUGAGCUCAUGGAUGAUUUCCUUGAGAUGGAGAAACUCGUUGCUUUGCCUGAGACUGAUCCUGAAAAUUCUGAUCUUGAACCAGAAGCUGAUUCCAACCAACUUGUUAGGAGAUAUAACCUCCUAGAAGUUGACAAAGAGUUCAUGCAUCAUAUGUUGAUCGAACUAGAAGAAAAGGUUGAGAGACUGGAACAUGAGAAAGCAGAACUGGAGAUAGCUUCGACUGAAUCAUGUAAUCGGCUCGAGGCAUCUCGCAGUCUGGUGACAGCAGCUGAGAGCAAAGUGGUUGAACUGCAAACCAAACUGGACAUGGAGAAUGAAUCAAAACAAACUGCCAUGAGCGAGUUUAUGGACUUGGAGGGAAAGAGGAAGGAAUUGGAGACUCAGCUGGAGUCAGCGUACUUGGAAAAUGGAAAACUUUGCGAGAAGGUAUCUUUGUUGGAAGAAAGUUCUAAAUCUGAGAGGGAAUCAUCUUUCGAACUCAAAGCUUCAAUAGAUAAUACUGAGGCUGCUAGAGAGGCACUGAACUCUCAGCUAGAAUCAGCUCAUUCACAACUUAGCAGCCUAAAUGAGACUAUUGGAGUAUUAGAACAACAGGUAAAGGAGGAACGGGCAUUUUCUUCAGAGUUGGCAUCAAAAGUGAAGGCGUUGGAGUCUCAGCUUGAACACGCACAUUCCGAAGCAAGUAAGCUACAGGAGAAGGUUAACUUUUGGGAACUGAAAGCAGAGGAGGAGACUAAAUUAUCUGCAGAAAUUGCAAUUAAACUAGAAGCUACAGAGGCAGCAAGAAAGAAACUGGAGCUUGAGCUUCAAUCAGCACAUGAGUUUGCCACUAAAGCAGAGGCUAUAGAAGCAGCAAAAAAGGCACUAGAAAUUCAACUUGAUUCAGCACUCGGAGAAACCGGGAAGCUGAGCGAUAAGGUGGCUUUGUGUGAAGCAAAAAUUGAUGAGGAAAGAGCCCUUUCUGCAGAAUUUGCAGCUAAGUGUCAUAAAUUGGAGGCUGAUUUGUCGAAGAUCAAGCAAGAAGCUCAUCUCCGGAGAGCUGCAAACCCCAAUCCAGAACUGAAGAUAAAACAGCAGGAGAAAGAACUUGCUGUGGCUGCUGGGAAAUUGGAAGAAUGCCAGAAGACGAUAGCCUCUUUGAACCGGCAGUUGAAAUCAUUGACAGAUUUGGAUGACUUCAUGCUUGGAGCUGAGAAGCUGGAACAUGAUGGAAGCUUGCAAGAUCCUGGUGGUAGCAAAGCCAAAGAUUUCCACCACAAUGACUCAUCAGAGGUAGAAGGCAGUUGUACUCUUCCUGAUGGAAAAGAAAGCAUCCCCCUCCAGUCUUCUUUCUAUUUGCUUUCAUCUUCAUCCUCGAGUUUGUCUGGGUUUGUGAGAUCAUUACCUCACAGUAGGAGCAUCAGUCAUUAGAAACAACAGGAAACAAAGAUGUUGGUGUUCGGUGUGUUGCUAUCA